UAUGCCCUUUAUUACACUUGGCAGGUAGACAACAAAAGUCAACUGCUACCUCUGAAGGACAUUGUUGACUUUCUCCUGGGCACAAUAGAGUUAAAAACUCACCACGAUUAGGCCGAUUGGAUUGAAAUCAGCCACUAAAGAGGCAACAUGUCUGGGAUCAAGAGUUCAGUGAAUUUGCUGAGGGUUGCAGUCAGGUCGCAGAUCGUCUCCAAAGCCGCCCUGUCACACAAGCCUGCGAAGCACCACAUAUCCGCUGGCGAACAAGCCAUUGCAUUGACAGCCUUUUUUGUCACCAUCCUGGGACCGUCUGGUUAUGUCCUCGCUCACAUGGAGGACUACAAGCACCACUCCUAAGUGGACCUGUCCUGACUGUCCUCCGAUCCACUUGACCGGUGCAUUACUCCAGAUGGCAUCUCCUGAAGUCUCCUAAACCCUUUAUAUGAAGGAUGAUUAUAUUAAUGAAUGUACCAAUAAAUGAAUGUCCCAAUACUA